UGAAUGAGCUGUAGUGAGCACGCGUGAACAGCACUGCGUUCUCGUGAUCACCGACGGCGACGGGAAGCCGAGGGAGACCAGGAACAGACUGUCGUGUUUUUUUGUGAUGGUGACUGAGUUAUUUUCUAGGCUUUGCUUGUGCUUGACUCCUUGUGAAAGCCUCAGAUGCGUCGGGUCCGAAUCAUGAGAGCAACUCGCAUCUGUUUCCAUCCCUCACACAAGUGGGGCUUAUCGUUCGGUGGGCUUGCACCACAUUGACACAGCCUUCUAGGCCUGUUCCCUUUUAUUCUGCAAUGGUCAAAGAGAAACCCGAGUCUGUCAGAUUGUAUGAUGAAGAUGGGUAUCGGCGAAGAGCUGCAUGUAUCUGUGUUCGUAAUGAAGCUGAAUCUGAGGUUCUGUUGGUAACCUCAUCAAGGCAACCUGAAAGAUGGAUUGUGCCAGGAGGUGGUGUUGAACCUGAAGAAGAUGAAGCUGGAGCUGCCAUGAGGGAAGUUGUAGAGGAAGCUGGUGUUCGUGGGAACCUUGUUCGUUGCCUUGGUGUCUUCCAGAAUGAAGAGCGGAAGCAUCGGACAUCUGUGUACAUUCUCUUGGUAACCGAGGAGAUGCCCGAAUGGGAAGACUCCCAGAAAAUCGGCCGGAGGCGAAAGUGGUUUCCUCUCAAAGAAGCCAUAGAAGAGCUGUCCAUUUACAAACCUGUUCAGACCAGCUAUCUGAAGAUGCUUCUGCCCUCCAACAACAAGUUGUCAUGAUUUUCUUCUUUCUGGUUUUCUUAAACUUUCUUUUUCUAUAUAUGUGCUUGAUUUGCUCUUUGUAUUUCAAGUUUACCAGCUGUGUGCAAGGAAGCAGUGAAGGAAAUGGGGACAGAAAUAUUUUUCUUAUUUUAUCUGCAUUCUCUUGAAUGAAAGAUGAAAUUUAUUACAUUGGAAGGGGACUAUGCAGGAUGAAUUACAAAUUGAAUUAAGAUUCUGUUAGCUAUUGUGAUACCUUCUCCUUAGCUAUUUCCCCUGAUCAUGUAUCCAUGAUGGAGCCACUUCUCUGCAUCUUUCUUU